AAGCUAUGUCCCGGAGCCGAGCCCUUGGACCCGGGGACCCGUCGCGCGCGUAGGAAGCAGCAGCAGCAGCCGCCGCAGCAGCAGCCAAGUAGUUAGUUGUCAAUGGCCCUUCGCAUAGCGGAGCAGGACCGGACUAGGGGACCCUCCGCGCUUUCUUUGCCGCUACCCACCCCCACCCGAGAGUGAUGGGCAACACCGCUCACAAGACCCUGCCAGACACAAGUCACCAGGCUCGUUUGUUAUCCAGUCGGCCUUGCUACACACUGCCUGCCAGUAGUCAUGAUCGACGCUCUAUCCUGGCGAUUACUGAGCCCCCACGUUUCCACCCCCAGGCCAAAGGCAAGAAUGUACGCCUGGAUUCCCAUUCCCGCAAGGCUACCCGAAGGAACAGUUUCUGCAAUGGGGUCACAUUCACCAACAGACCCAUCCACCUUUAUGAGAAAGUCCGACUUAAACUGGUGGCUGUGCACCAUGGAUGGAGUGGGGCACUGCGUUUUGGCUUCACCAUCCAUGACCCAUCCCAGAUGAACUCUGACGACAUACCAAAGUACGCCUGUCCGGACCUGGUGACUAGGCCAGGCUACUGGGCCAAAGCUUUGCCAGAGAGAUUUGCACUGAGGGACAAUGUUCUGGCCUAUUGGGUCGACCGCCACGGGAGAGUGUUUUAUAGCAUCAAUGACGAGGACCCAAUACUGUUUCACUGUGGCAUUAAAGUCUCUGGACCCCUUUGGGCCCUCAUAGAUGUUUAUGGAAUUACCCAUGAAGUGCAGAUUCUAGAUAGCAUGUUUGCUGAGACCAUGGCCUCCUCUCGUCUCAGUAACACUCGGUUCAGCACUUGUGUCCCACAAAGUAACCACGACUCAGCCAACUUCAACAACAAUGAACUGGAGAACAGCCAGGUAGUAGCCAAAAUCAGCAACUUGAACCUGAGCCGGGUCCCCAGCGUGUCCACGGACAACCAUGUGAUACCCUGUUGUCCCAAUAGGCGUUCUCGGGGCCACGGAGUGCCUGCCUUUUUAGACACAGACCUCCACUUCCACCCCACCCGAGGGCCCGACGUCACCUUCUCUCAGGACCGGAUGGCAGCCUGCACCAACUGGCAGGAGAGCAGUAGGACUCUGGUGUUUUCAGACCGGCCUUUACACAUUGGUGAGAGCCUCUUUGUGGAAGUUGGACACCUGGGCCUGCCCUACUACGGGGCUCUCUCCUUUGGCAUCACUUCCUGCGACCCAGGGACAUUAAGGACCAAUGAGCUCCCGGCUGAUCCUGACUCACUGUUAGACCGCAAGGAGUACUGGGUGGUGUACCGAGCAUUCCCCAUCCUCAACAGUGGGGAUGUCCUCAAUUUCAUGGUAUUGCCAAAUGGGGAAGUGCACCACGGCGUAAACGGCAACAACCGAGGAAUGCUGAUGUGUGUGGAUACCUCACAGUCUCUCUGGGUGUUUUUUACAAUUCAUGGAGUAAUCAAUCAGCUCAAGAUUUUGGGCACCCUGCAAUCUAGCCCAGUGACUGCUUCUCCCUCAGGAUCCCCCAGCGGCUCGCAGUACGACAGUGACUCAGACAUGGCCUUCAGUGUGAACAGGUCGUCUUCAGCUUCUGAGUCCUCACUAGUGACUGCUCCAAGCUCCCCUCUGAGCCCCCCCACAUCACCUGCAUUCUCCCCGCCAGAGCCUCCAAGUACCAAGAAUGGCGAAUGCACCAUCUGCUUUGACAGUGAGGUAGACAUGGUCAUCUACACCUGCGGCCACAUGUGCCUCUGCCACACCUGCGGUCUUAAACUGAGGAAGCAGCCUAAUGCCUGCUGCCCGAUCUGCCGACGCACCAUCAAGGACGUCAUUAAGAUCUACCGGCCUUAGCCCCUCCAUCACAC